UUGUCUCUAGAGCUCGAAGCGGCGGGCAGCGGAGCGGGCUUUCCGUGAACCGAGGCAGGCGAGCGCGGCUGGCAGCCUCCUCCGCGCCCAGCUCCAGAGCCCGGCACCACUGCACGGCGGGGACCUGCCCAGCGCCAGAGGAGGAGGGAUCCGCCUCACACCCCCCGCCCCCGCGACCCCGGUCCUCCUCCUCACCCCACUGGAUACAGCGAGGCAGAGGGAGACACUGCGGCGGAGGCGGCGGAGGCUCCUGCUGGGGGACAGAAGCACCCGGAGAGAGGCGGCGCAGGCUGCGGGAAGCUCUGCCUGGCGCCCACCCAGCCCGAGGGAAGUCCCCAGGAUGCGGCUGAGACCCAGCGCCCUUCUGCGCUUCUACAGCCUCUGCGGGCUCCUCAUACAAGCGGCUGCUACCAAGAACAAAGUUAAAGGCAGCCAAGGGCAAUUUCCACUCACACAGAAUGUUACAGUUGUUGAAGGGGGAACAGCAAAUUUGACCUGCAGGGUUGAUCAAAAUGAUAACACCUCCCUCCAGUGGUCAAAUCCAGCUCAACAGACUCUGUACUUUGAUGACAAGAAAGCCCUGAGGGACAACAGGAUUGAGCUGGUUCGAGCUUCAUGGCAUGAACUGAGCAUCAGCGUCAGUGAUGUGUCUCUGUCAGAUGAAGGGCAAUACACCUGUUCUUUAUUUACUAUGCCUGUCAAAACUUCCAAGGCUUUUCUCACUGUUCUGGGUGUUCCUGAGAAGCCACAGAUUAGUGGAUUUACUUCACCAGUUAUGGAGGGAGAGAGGAUGCAGCUAACCUGCAAGACCUCUGGUAGCAAACCAGCAGCUGAUAUCAGAUGGUUCAAGAAUGACAAAGAGAUUAAAGAUGUCAAAUAUUUAAAAGAAGAGGAUGCAAAUCGCAGGACAUUCACAGUUAGCAGCACAUUGGAUUUCCGAGCGGAUCGGAGUGAUGAUGGUGCUGUUGUAAGUUGCAGAGUAGACCAUGAGUCCUUAAACUCCACACCUCAGAUAGCAAGGCAGGUUCUAGAAAUACACUAUACACCUUCAGUUAAAAUCAUAUCUUCCAGUUCAUGGCCAGAAGAAGGACAAUCUAUAGUUUUGACUUGUGAAUCCAAAGGAAAACCACUGCCGGAACCAGUAUUGUGGACAAAGGAUGGAGGAGAACUACCAGAUCCAGAGAGAAUGAUUGUCAAUGGUAGGGACCUAAGAAUUAGUUUCCUAAACAAAACGGACAAUGGUACAUAUCGAUGUGAAGCAACAAACCCUAUUGGCCAAAACAGCACAGAGUAUGUCCUGAUUGUACAUGAUGUUUCCAACACUUUGCUUCCCAUCAUUGUCAUCCCCUCACUUACCACUGCAACAGUCACAACCACUGUAGCCUUAACAACCAGCACAGCCACAUCGGCAACAGCCAUCAACACCAGAGACCCAAAUGCUUUGGCUGGACAGACUGGACCUGACCAUGCUCUCAUAGGAGGAAUAGUGGCUGUAGUUGUCUUUGUCACAUUAUGUUCUAUAAUUCUGCUUGGACGAUAUCUGGCAAGACAUAAAGGAACAUAUUUAACAAAUGAAGCUAAAGGAGCUGAAGAUGCACCUGAUGCUGACACAGCCAUUAUCAAUGCAGAAGGAAGCCAAGUCAAUGCAGAGGAGAAAAAGGAGUAUUUCAUUUAGAUGGAGACCUAGAUUCUCUGAGUUUUACUUAUCAGGCUGACUGCUGGGGAAAACUGGCUAUCAUCUUUCAGAAUUCAUUUCUGCCAUCUUCCGCAAACUUAAUUAACUUACAUACUGCUAUAAAUAGUCAGUUUAUGCCAACAAUCAGUUGUUGACAGCAUCAUUCUUUCUUUACAGUACCAUCCACAAUGCAGGACAUUUCUUAUUGCCUAAAAUUCAUUUCCAUUGCUCUCUUAACAUACAGUGCUUGAAUAUACAGCCUUAACAAUGUUAAUCUUCAUCUUAAAUCAUGCUAUUGAGUUUUCUACAUUUUUAAAUGUUAUAUAGCUUUCUUCUUUUCCAGUUUUCUUUUAUCACGGUCCCUUUCAAUAUGUCACUGGAUGAUUUUCAUAACAAAUACUAUUAAAUAAGGACAUAAUGUACUUACAUAAAACAUUAAAUCUAAGAUUAGAGGUUUACAAAGAAUAUUUUAUACAUGUCUGUAAUUCAAAGGCAACCUGUUUUUGAAACAUAUGCCCUAGGAACCACAAACUGAAAACAUCAUAAUAUAGUUUCUUGUAUGCUUGGAUUUGAUGGAAAAGGAGUAUCAAUACAUUGUUAAAAAUGGUACCUUGAUACUAAUUCCAUGCUUGGGUGGUAAUUACAUCAUACUAUAUUAUCUAUACAGAUUCUGUAGAGUUAGAGUAUUGUAGCUUCAUUCUGAAACAAAUUUAUUCAGCCCUUUUGCUGCUUUUUGGGAUCACAAGAUUAGAUAUGUUCCUGUAAUUUCGGUUUUAAUAAUUUAUUUGCUUCAUAUGGACUCACCUGCCUAUUCAGAUAUGUAGUGUUCAUGGGGCACAAUUGCAAAGCAUUUUCCUAUCUGUAUAUAGUGCAUAUAAUAAAACCAAUUAAACAUUAUUUGAUACAUAUUUAACUUUUUUGGCUAUAGCUAAUUCAGUCACAAGUAAGCAUUUUUUAAUGUCCAUUAUAUCCCUUUAGAUAUGACUUAAAUCAAUAUUCUGAAUAGAUAACAUGUAUUAGUAAUUUUUGUCUGUAUGUCCUAGCACUGUUCAGCAGCAAACUUUUCUAGUUCUUGUUAAUUUUUAUUUGUUAUACAAUGGAAGCACAAUGUUAUAUGAAAAGGUAGUUUUAAGCUAACAACCAGUGCACAGCCUCAGGUUUUGAAUUACAACCACAUUUGAUUAAUAUCCUUAACAAAUACUGUUAUGUUGCUAAAUUCUCAAUUUUUAAUUUGGCAGUUCCACAGCUGCUUAUCUAUGUUGGGUUGCCAAAAAAAAAAAAAAGAAA